CACAUUUAACUUAACACAUUCUUCACCAAUCAUUUUUGACACAUUGUCUUCGUAUUUAUAUAAAACGUUUUCAAGUGGUCGUCUCAGUAUUGGAAAUUCAAGAUAGAUUCAAGAUUGGACCGCAUAAAGAUGGAAAAUAGCACAAAUGGACACGUUGUCAGUGAGGAGGACAAAAAAUUCAUUUUUGAUUACUUGAAUAAACUAUAUUCCGCGAAUACAGAAACUAUAUCUGAAGUUUACAGCGGUUUUGCUUCUGUGUAUGAUAAAGCCAACGCUAUUCUUAAGUACGAGCCCUUCAAAGGGCUUGCAAAAGACUUGGCUGUAUUCUUCGAGCACAAAAAUUUAGAGAACAAGAAGAUUUUGGAUGUGGGAUGUGGCAGUGGAAAUCUUGGAAAGUCUCUUGUUAAAGAAGGAUUUAAAAAUAUUGAUGGAUUAGACAUGUCAGACAAGUUUCUGGAGAUGGCCGAAGAAACAAAAUGUUAUGGCAAAUUGUUUAAAGUGUUAUUUACCUCCAAUCCCACCCCUGGUAUUAAAGACAACUCAUAUGAUGUGGCUAUUUCCGCCGGAUGUUACCUCGCUUGUCACCUCCCAAUGGAUACCAUAUUUGAGCUUGCACGUAUAGUGAAGCCCGGAGGUUACAUACAUUAUACAGUUUCUGAUCCAAACGACAAAAUGGAUUUUAUGUAUUGGCAAGGUAAGUUGAUGAAGGAAAAGAAGGCGGAGUUAAUCUACAUGAAGAAGGAGCCGUAUAGAUUGGAACCAACGAAAAACUUUGAAGAAGUUCAUUGCUAUUACGUCAUGUUUAAAGUAUUAUAACUUUCCAAAUUGUUCGCGUUCGCAUGAAAUUUUACUACAAAAUAUUUCGCCAAAAAACGAGUAAAUUAGAAAAGGACAGACAACAAGGAUGAUCUUAAAGUUUUGUAAGUUUUGUAACACAACGCACGUGAUUAUAAUGUAAGUUUUUAUUUUUAUAUAGUUAUUUAUAAUACAGAAAUUUAAGCACCAACCUCAAUCUCAUUAAUAGCUUAAAAAUAGUCUUCUUUCCCUAUGUAAACAAAAAAAUUUAUUUAGCAAAUAUUUCUUGGGCUUAAGGCAAUAAAUAACAAAUUAAAUUUGAUAAAUUUUCUCCCUGAUCUUUGUCAGAGCAUCUUCAGAUCACAACUAAAAACGUCUUUCAACAUGCAUGUACAAAAUGUUAAAAAUUCUCUUGAUAAAAAUAAAAUGUAUAAAAUUCGUUUAUUAACAAUAAAAGUCGUUAAAAAUUAUAAUAUGUUUUCCCAAAUUUCAGAUAGUCGUCUUAUUUCAUCUUUUUUGUUCAAUAAAUCCGAUUUGUGUUGUUUAAUCGCUAAUGCCUCUUUAAAUUUUCUUUUAAUAAAAUUGUUUUCCCUAUAGAGAAUUUCUAUUUUCUCAAAGUUCAUUUCGUGUUUUGUUUCUUUAAUGUGUUUGGACAUUCCAGAGACAUUAAAGAGGCAUUAAACAGGAAUCCCAGGAGGGGCGUUAGCAAUUUGCUCAACGAAUGCAGUAAUAGGUAAGAAUUAUACUGAAAGAUUCGACAAACUCUAAGAAAUAUUCAGUAGAAAAAUUUAUAGAAUCUUCUGUGAGAAAGGUUUUUAAGGACAUUGCAGCGCAUCUCGAGUAAAUUUGACGUUUGGAGUGAUAUUUGAGUAGGCUAGCUUCAUUAAAUACAAAUUAUAAAAGAUAAAUGAAUAAAGACUUAUAAUACCAUAGGAACUGCUUUGGUUUUACAUUGCCCUUAAAGGAGAAUUAAGCCCAAUUUUUUUUUCUUCGGAAAUAUCUUUUACAAACCCUACUUGUUUUGAUGGUAUAUAUAAAAAAAAUGAAAUUCUUUAAAUUUACAUCCCUUUUCUAGCAUAAACAUUGACAACAGUAAUCGCCAUGUUAAAAUCAAAACAAUAUCUGCGAUGGAGAUCUAUGACGUAUUUUACGCUCAUUUCAAUUUUUUAAUCUUCUCAUCUUUUUUAAAGUUGCUUAUACGUUUUGAACAAACGUAGCAGCGUUUUUGUUGAUGUUAUCUUUGAUGCCUACUUGUAAAGCUUAUGGUUACAGAAAUAGUACUGUAAAAGGAGAGGUGAAGAAGUCUUUUUUAUGAUUCCUCAACCAAACAGUCACGAAGAAAAAUUGCGUUAUUUGAGAUGGAUAAACAACAAAGGUAGCUUUUUGGUUGUUGUUAUUGUUUGUGUGAAAAUGCGAAGUCCAGUUAUAUGUUAACAAAUUCUUUAGAAUCAGUACAUUUUCCAUUUGGAUCAGGAAAUUCUUCCCUUAUUUUUGGCACAACACAAGCUGGAAUCACAACGCGACAUCCUUUUCCAAGCCUUUCAUAAUACCAACCGUGUACUGUCGGUAACUGAUGUACCUCAUUUCCCUACAAUGGAAUCAAAGUUUAUGUUAGUGUAAACCAGGAUAAAAUAUUCAAAGGAAAUUAUUUAUUCAUCAAAACUUCUUUGAAACAAAUUGUUAUUUGAGGCACAUAAUUGCUCCUCCUUUUCUACUUUAUUUUUAAGGAAAGACAUUAUUUUUAUAAUUAUAAAUCUACGAUGGUGUGUAUUUUCACAGCGCGUGGACCUGUGAAAUUAUAAAGCGAAAAGUGAGAAGAUAAGAAGAACGUUUUAUUUUUGUGUGACUAUGAGAAAUAUGGUCUGUGAAAAUAUUUACGAGAAACAUAUUUUUUGAAGAAAGGCUUACUUAUUUGUAUAUGUGGAGAGUUCAUUAUAUUUUUUCUGGUAUUA